AUGCUUUGCCAUAUGCUUCAUCCUCAUCAUGCCGCUGAUGCUGAAGCCGCGCAAGUUUGCUAUCUUGUAAGCUUUUGCUCUGCAUUUUUUUUCACUUCUGGCUUACGCUUCUGCCUUUUUUUUACCUUCUACCUUUUUUUCAUUUUUACUUCUGCCAUCCCUCUUUGCAUAGACUCCAUUGUUGGUCAACUUUGCUCCUUCUUGUUCUCUGCCUGUGAAGAUCACAAGGCAAGGCUCGCAGGCAGCGGACGGGAGCUCUGCAUGACCCUUUAUUCUCAACUUAACUGCUAUCCAAAGCCACGCCCACCCUCCCUUGCCUUGUAUUUUCUUUUGCAUCUCGAGAUACCCUCUGCUACCCAAUACUGUUGCAACGCUAGUACCUUACCUCACUCUGAUGUUGCUAUUUCCAUCUUCAACUCCAUGUCACGGACAUCACUAAUAUUCGUCCGUGUGCGCGCGCGUGCAUCUACUAGAUGGUCGUCUGGCUCUGCUCUCUUCCUCGCCUCCUGGGCUGUUCUCAUGGGCCCAGUACCGUACGCGAGACAUCUAACAUCAGGUCCCCGGCUCCCAUUCACCGCCGCGUACUUUACCUCCAUCGCCCUGACUCUCUAUUUUGCCGUCGGUGUAAGUACCAAACAAAAAAGAACCAAGAUACAGAAACAUCCCUGUUCCCUGUUCCUUGCUCCUUGCUCUCCUUGUGCCUCUUGCAACUUCAUCCGCCUUUCCGCAGCCUUGAACGCACCCACGCUCGCACACCCCCCUAUAUCACAUUUUCUUCAUCCCGUCGGAUGCCCUUGCUAA